GCCGUCCCCAACUUAUCUUUCCCCUAUUCUCUCUCCCUUUUUCUCUCCCAAGGUUAUGAAUUGCAUAUGAAACCCUCAAAAACCAUCAAAUGGCAUCCGAUCGUAGUUGGAUUACUCGUAGUCGAUAUAAUGAGUCAAGAUAUUUAACGGACGAAUAUAAGAAUGGUGUUGAGGAUUUCAUUAGAUUUGCUUGUGAGAAUCUUAGUGGUGGGGUUAUUAGGUGUCCGUGUGGAAAUUGUAAGAAUAAGCAUUAUAAGACUCCUACUGCCGUUAAACUUGAUUUGUAUCGGUAUGGUAUGAUGCAAUGGUAUACUAUAUGGACUGCACACGGGGAGAAAAUGCCGGAAGAAAAAAUCGAGACUAGUACUAGAAAUGUUGGGGAUGGGGAUGAUGAUAUGUAUCAUGACGCCGAUGAUAUGUUAAGAGAUAUUGGGGAGGCAAAUAGGUAUUUUGAGAAUGUUGAUGAUGAACCGAAUCCAGCGGCAAAAGAAUUUUAUAAGAUGUUGCACAGUGCUUCGGAACCAAUUUAUCCAAGUAAUGUCAACUAUACAACCUUUGAGUUCGUGAAUGAGUUACUUCAUUUCAAGAACAAGCAUAAUUGUAGUAAUAAUGGCUUUGAUGAUUUGCUUAAGCUCAUUGGAUUAGUCUUGCCUGACAAUCAUAAACUGCCCCAAACCUACUAUGCUGUGAAAAAUAUGCUUAAAGGAUUGAAUUUGGGAUAUGAAAAGAUUGAUGCUUGUGAGAAUGACUGUAUGUUAUUUUACAAGGAAAAUAGCGAGAAGACGCGUUGUGAUAUAUGCAAAGAAAGUCGAUACAAAGAACCAAAAGAUCUUAACAAAAAAAAGAUCUCACGGAAGAUCUUGCGUUAUUUUCCUCUCACCCCAAGAUUGCAACGUUUGUUCAUGGCUGGGAAGACUGCAAAAUGUAUGAGAUGGCAUCAUGACAGAAAUGUGGUUGAAGGUGAAUUAAGUCACCCGGCAGAUGGAGAUGAGUGGAAACAAUUUGACCGCAGGUUUCCAAAAUUUUCAAAAGAGAGAUUCGAAAUGUGA